AUGAAGAAAGUUUUGCCUUCUACUAUUAAUAAUGUUUAUCUAAGAUUUAACCAUAGUAAUUUACAAUAUAUCUAUAAAAACAUAAUAAAUGAUAGAAAAUUUAUUCAUUCUUAUUCUGAUUUAUUUGAUCCUGAUAAACUUGCAAUUCUUGAAAAAAACCUUGAUAUUGUAGAAAAAAAGAGAGCUGAAAGAUUUGAAUUGCUUAUUAAAAAAGUUUCUCCACAUAUAGCACAAUUAAAAAGCGUUAUAUGUAACGCUAAUAGUGAUUUAUUACCAGUUGGAUCUUUAGCAACAGGAUUAGCAAUAUCUAAUGAAUCUGAUAUUGAUUUAGUGUUUAUACCAUCAAUAGAAAACAUUGAAUCUUUUUUAAAUGAUUUUAAUGAUAAUAGUGAAUUUAAAAAAACUUUUAUUAAAACUGCACAUAAAGUUAUUGAAAAAGAUAUAAAUUAUAAAGAAAAUAUAAAAUCAUGUGGUUUUUUAUUACAUGCAAAAGUUCCUAUAUUACAAUUAGAACUUAAAAAUGGUUUAAAAUAUGAUAUUCAAUUUUGUAAUUCUCAUUCUUUACGUAAUACUAAUCUUAUUAGACAUUAUGCAGCUGCCGACAUAAGAUAUAGAAAAUUGUAUAUUUUUGUUAGAACAUUGGCAAAAAAACUAAAUAUAAUUAAUGGAAGGAAUGGAUUUUUAACAAGUUAUCAAAUUUCAUUACUUGUAGCACAUUUUCUUCAAACAAAAUAUAGAAAACAACAACCCGUUUUACCUAUUAUACCUAAAAUUUGUUGUUCAGCUCUUUCACCAAGUAUUACUAUAGAAGAAGUUUGUAAAAAUCUUAAAAAUCCUGUUAAUGUUUCUGCAGUUACAACUCAUAUUAACCCAAAUCCUUCAGCUUCUUAUUUAGCUAUACAAUUUGUUGAUUACUUUGCCAAUUUUAACUAUAAAGUCAAUGCCAUAUAUAUGGAUAAAUUACUUCCAGAAAAAAGUUAUGGAAUUAGGAAUUAUCGAAAACUUCAAAUUUUUGAUACUUAUUCAAGUAAAAGUAUAUCACGUGGAGGUAUGGUUAUUGAGUCAUUAUCUCAGAGUAUGAAAUAUGUUAUCAAGAGUGUCAGGAAAUUAAUUUUUUUUAUUUUUUAG